AUGUGUUGUUGCAAUUGCUGCAGUGUUCGGCAGCAAAAAAUAUGGGUCUUUGGCCUGGGUGCAUUUACGGGUAUAGUGGGUCUGGUGAUGAUCGCAGCUUGGCCGAGCAUUGCCAAGGCUUUUAUGUAUAGCUUCUUGCCACUGGCACCAAAUUCGUUCAUGUACAAACGAUGGGUGACAACACCGGCACCAGUUUACUCUACAUUCUAUUUGUUUAAUUGGACCAAUCCCGAGGACUUAAAUAACGAUAAAGUGAAACCAAAUUUUCAACAAGUUGGUCCAUAUACAUUCAGUGAUUAUAAAGUCAAAGAGGAUUUGGAUUGGGAACAGCCGCAAGUGACCUAUUAUGGUAGACGUGUUUGGCAUUUUCUAAGUGACAAAUCGCCGGGUCAAUCGUUGGACGAUAUAAUUAUUACACCGCAUUUCCCCACUGUGACGGCUGCCAAAUAUGCUCGGAAAUAUCGUCGUAUUGUGCGUAAGAUUAUUAACUUUGCCGUUAAUCGUGAGGGUGGUGGCACAUUUAUGAAACACACAGCUGGCGAAAAUAUAUUCGAUGGUUACUAUGAUUCACUCAUUGAUUUUGCAGAGCAAUUGCAUUCGCCAUUGUUACCCUUCUAUAGCAGUAAUUUUGGUUGGUUCUAUGGUAGAAAUAAUUCAAAAACAGCUGAAGGUUCCUUUACCAUACACACGGGUCACAAGGAUCUCAGUCUUAUGGGUGAGAUGUUGAGAUGGAAUGGCUCCGAUCACACAGGCUACUAUCAAGGUGAAUGUGGUCGUGUCAAUGGCAGCACCGGUGAGCUUUGGGCUCCAUUACGUAAAUGGGAUGAAACUAUCUCCAUAUUCCUAUCGGAUGCAGCUAGAUAUUUUAAUUUCUAUGCCAAAACAAAAGUUAGCCAUCGUGGUAUAAAAAGUUGGCGUUAUGAGACCGACCAAAGAACCUUCGAUAAUGGACAAUUAGCUCCUGAUACAGCAUGCUUUUGUGUUCCCAAGAGAGAUUGUCCUAUGAAUGGAGUCGUUGACUUUUCUCCAGCUGCCUAUAACGCUCCGAUCUAUAUGUCGCAUCCACAUUUCUAUUUAACGGAUCCUUCAUAUAGAGAGAAUACGACAGGACUAUCACCAAAUGCCACUGAGCAUGGCAUGUAUUUGAUCAUGGAGCCAACAUUUGGCAUACCCUUGAAGGUUAUGGGUCAGGUUAUGAUCAGUGUGCUAGUGCAACGUGAUGACGACAUCGAUUUACUGAACAAUGUGGCCUAUAAUCAUUAUGCUCCACUAUUUGUCCUGCAAAUGCAUGCCGAACUCGAUGAUGAUUUGAUUUCUUUGCUUAAGAGUGGCUUAAUUGGUUUCAGCAUAGGACGUUAUAUAGGAAUUGGCAUACUUAUAGCAGGUCUGGCCCUUAUAAUUAUAGGUCUUUGUCUAAACAGACAUAAUAAAUGGCACAAUAAUGAUAAAGAACCAAUUGUAGACGGCAAGAAAAGUAUCAAAAGCACUUGAUUUAAAUUCUUCCAUUGAUAAGUCACACUGAACUAAGAUAACAAAAUAGAUUAAGUAAAAUAUUUAUAAUGGUCUGAUACAAAAAUGAAAAGAAAAACUCAUUAAAUUACUACACCAAAGUGA